GUCAUCCUUCCUACACACCAAACACUGAACAAGACAAACAAGCAAACUUCGCAUUCUGUCACUCAAUCCGUGAAUUGAUUUCACUAAAUGUUUCACUCAAUCGAAGUGACAUGACACUUUCUACCACCGAUCAAACAUCACAAUGUCAGUAACGAUUUGUUGAAGACUAGGAUUCAAUUGGUUGACCGACAAAUAGACAACUUCACAAACGUAUAAAUUCUAGUCCACAACUCACUGGAACAUCAGAAAUCACUGAACGUACAAAUGCAAAGAACAUUGGUGACAGUAUUGACUUUCGCCUUCGUUGUGAACUAUCUGGAUGUGGUGCACUGUGAUGGAGAUGGCGCACCCUCAGCUCCAGUCAAAUCACCUGAUCAGCAACCAGCUGCACCAGCCGCAUCGGAUUCACCUGCAGCACCAGCAGCGGCUUCAGCGAAACCAGAUUCGCCUGCCACCACCAAGUCAACCGCACGUCCGAAGCCACCGAAGAGAGCACAGAGACCAGCCUACCCAGCCAGAUCACCACCACGUGUUCGUAGUCCUCACGCUCCAACACAUCCGAGAAAAUACUAACGUCCACCACGAGAUGGUAGAAAAUCGAUGCACGUAUGAGGUGAACGCAGCCAAUGUGUUCAACGACAAUUCCCUCACUUUUACAUAUGUAUCGAAUGAUAACGGGAUAAAUUGCUGAGCCUCA